CUCAGGUAGGGAAAUUUUAGAAAAAUCCGCUUCCCUCUCUCGGACAUUUCAGAUUCCGAGUCCUCUCCGGACCUCCAGCUAGGGCACAGGGGUCAUAAACAGCAGGUUGUGCGGAGCAAAAUUUGCACGUCUGGGCUGUUACCACUUAUGCUGGGCAGGUCGAGAGAGAUGAAGUCACUUCAUAAUAUGGACAUUGUUCUACUAUAAUGCCAGGCCUACCUUUGUUGGCUCGUGAAACCACCAGGAACCUUGGCUGCAACUGCAGCCGUCCGAGGACUUUGCAUCAAAUGUGCCGCCAAGAUUCUCGGGUCCAUUUGUCUGCAGAAGAGGCAAUUGCUGCUGAAGAAAGUCUCUCAAUUUAUUGCAAGCCUGUUGAACUCUAUAAUAUUAUUCAACGUCGAGCUUUAAGGAAUCCAUCAUUUCUCCAAAGAUGUUUACAUUACAAAAUACAAGCAAGCCGCAAACGGAGAAUACAGGUGACGAUAUCGCUGUCUGAGACCAUGGACGAUGGAAUACAAUCACAAAAUGUGUUUCCCCUGUAUGUUCUUUUGGCAAGACCUGUUUCUGAUAUUAGGGUUCCAGAGCAUUCUGCAGUUUAUCGGCUUAUUAGGGCACGUGUUCUCUCUGCUUUUAGUGAAUUUGGGAGGAGAGAUCAAACAGCUGCUACUUUUAAUGUUCCUGAGCUUAAGAAGCUGUCAGCUGAUGCAAAAGCACGCAAUCUCACCAUCUUAUUUGUCAGCUAUGGGGAACCAAAAAAUUCAUCUGGUGAAAGUGAUCUACUCAAAGACCAUCUCGAUCGUGCAUCUAUUCCAACAAAACUUGAGGGAUAUUGCAUUUGGGGCAAGCUACCAAUGGAGACUCUCUAUUCCUCUUGGGAAAAGUGUGCGAGCUUGAGUUUAGGGCAUAGAGCUGAGAUGCUGUCAGCUAUUGAUAUGCACUCCAGUUUUCUGGAGCCUAGUCGUUUGGACAAGGACAAUUGUUUAACAUUCCAAAUGCACCAUAAUUCAGGAGCCAUGAAUUCAUCAAUGGUGGUGCAAGUGAAUAUCUUUGCACAAGAGGUUGGAGCAAAAGAGAGAUCCCCUUAUGAUUCUUACGCGUAUGAUGAUGUUCCCACUUCAUCAUUAUCCCAUAUUAUCCGAUUAAGAACUGGAAAUGUCAUCUUCAACUAUAGAUAUUAUAACAACACAUUACAGAAGACUGAAGUUACUGAAGACUUCUCCUGUCCAUUUUGCUUGGUGCAUUGUGCAAGCUUUAAGGGUCUGCGGUAUCACUUGAGCUCCUCACAUGACCUAUUCAAUUUUGAGUUUUGGGUAACUGAAGAGUAUCAGGCUGUCAAUGUUUCGGUCAAAACUGACAUUUGGAGAUCUGAGAUUGUUAAAGAUGGAGUUGACCCAAGGCUACAGACCUUUUUCUUCUGCUCGAAGCCACGCAAGCGUAGAAUAUCAAAGAGCCAAAUUCAAAAUGCAAAGCAUGUGCAUCCACAUGUAAUGAAAGUGGACUCACAUGAAGCAGCAGGAAAAGGUUCCCAUGUGGAUGGUCUGGAAAAGGAUGCUGGUACAACAAGUUCUUUUCACGUGCUCGUUAAAACAUCUUCAAAAGAUGCCCAACCUUCAAAUGGAAUCUCUCUUCAAGGAACUGAGAAUGAAGGUGGUUCUAAUAAUGAUGAAGAGGAUAAAAGUCUCAAAGCAUUUUUGAAGGAAAAUCAUCUGCAGUCGGGAAGGCAUAAAUCUGAAUGCAGCGUUCCAGAGAAUCCUUGUGUUCCGAGGUGCAUAGAAUCUGUUGCUUCCAGCUCUAAUAUCGCAGGCAUCUCCUCUGGGAUAGCCCAGGCCUCCGCUAGUAAUGAAUGUGCACAGCUGGCAUCUGGAAGCAAUCUUGCCCCACCUGCCAUGCUUCACUUUGCGAGGACAAGGAAGUUAUCUGCUGAACGAGGUGACCCUAGAAACCGCACACUUCUUCAGAAGCGCCAGUUCUUUCAUUCACACAGAGCUCAGCCAAUGGCACUAGAUCAAGUAUUGUCAGAUCGGGAUAGUGAAGAUGAAGUUGAUGAUGACAUUGCAGAUUUUGAAGAUCGGAGGUUGCUUGAUGAUUUUGUGGAUGUGACCAAGGAUGAGAAGCAGAUCAUGCACCUUUGGAAUUCUUUUGUAAGGAAACAAAGGGUGUUGGCAGAUGGUCAUAUCCCAUGGGCAUGCGAAGCAUUCUCAAAGUUACAUGGACGGGAUCUUGUCCGUGCACCAGCUCUCAUUUGGUGUUGGAGGUUGUUUAUGAUCAAACUCUGGAACCACAGCCUUCUGGAUGCCCGCACAAUGAACAGCUGUAAUAUAAUUCUUGAAAAUUACUGGAAUGAGAGCUUGGACCCUAAGCAGAGCUGAUGCUUUUGUUUUGCUCUUUUAGAAACAGGAGAUUGGCCUAGGCAAUGAGAGGCAGUGGUCUAACUCACUAAUCCCAUGCCCCAAUACGGUGUUCUCUGCUGGUAAUUUAGAUGAUUUUUUUUUCCUCUCCAAAUAUGGAAUUAUAAUUCUUUUUUUUUUUUACAGAGGUAACUAGAGGAAAAGUUUCCUUUGGAGGGGCUUUAGUUACUCUGACGUCAUAGGGGCUCGUAUUGCUUGUAUUAUAAUUAGAUAAUGCAAUUUAUUUGUGCUGAUUGAAAUGCAGUAUACUGUCGCAGAUGUAAUCUUUAGUUAGGACCAUUUACAGUUACGACUGGAAUUAUAUAGUUAAUGUCAUAGAAACUUCUGGUAUU